AGGCAGGACUAAGGCUCCCAAGAGACAUGACCCAGCUUCUCCUGGUGCUCUGGACAUCGGUGGUCUCUGUGCAACUUACCGGAGCCAUGAUGGUCGUCCAGGUACCAGCCCGAAACCUGACCUGCUUCGAGUGCUUCAAGGUUUCCCAGGCCAGCCAGUGUCAACCCAUACAGUGUGAACCUAAUGAAAAAGUCUGUGUGAGCAGAGAGGUGCUCCAUUUCCUGAAGAUAAAAAGAAGCACUCAGAUCAGUAAGCACUGUGCCACCGCUUGUCCGAACUCCAGUGUUUCUGUUGAUUUGUCAUUGAGCAUUAUUCCGAUAUCUAUCCACAGGAACUGCUGUUCUUGGGAUCUUUGCAACAGAGCACCUGAGAAUUGGGAGGGGUUCUGGUCCUUGCCAGUGAGGCUCCUACUGCCAAUGGGUCUGGGCCUGUUUUGCACUCUGUUGUGAGGACCAUUUUCCUCUUUCACUCUAACCCAACAUACACAUCCUUCUAGCACCUCCUGUCUUCCACCUCAAAUCACAUGUUUAUCCAUUCCAGGACUUGCAAGGCAAUGGUCUUUCCCUGGGAUAGAAGGGAGGACACCAUACCCUUUGCUGAGGACUCAGCAGUCUGCUCCUCCCUGACAUCCUGGCCCAGGAAGUAGGAAUAAAACCCUGCUGCUCCUCAUGGAGACAGAGAGGGAGCAUUUCCAAUGCAGACCACAGGCUUCUUCAAGAAAGCCCUUGACUCUUGGCAUACUGUGACUGACAGAUGGACCCGAUGAACCCAGAGAUGCAGGCAAACUCUGACACUGCUCCACUUGUGUCCCCUGUUCAUGCACUUGAAUUGGGCAUCUCACUCAGACACAGUAAACUUGAUUCCCCAAA